AGGUGGACCUUACGGCCAUAACUUGCUCAAAUGUGCCCCCGGCCCAGGAAUAGGUACCUACAGUAGGUAUUUUAUAUGUCAAGGUACCAACAGUCUGGAACUAUCUACAUCUGUUAGAUUUUCAGGAUCAAACUACAUGUAUGUAUUACAGCCCAUGCGGUGGCACAACAAGGGUGGCUACAUGUAAAUUCCUUCAACGGUCAGUCUAUCAGAUUGGAACAUCGAAAGCUAUGACAACCGUAAAUAAUUAAGGUUCGACCUGCCGUCCACUGUCAACUGUCUUCCCGUUGUUUCUGCUGCACUGCCUUUAACUCAAAAUUUCUCUGCUGGCAGGUUUUUACUUUUUUUUUCUUUUCUUCUUUUCUUUACCGCCUGUGACGCAAUUCCCAUGAUCCAGCCAAGAUGGAGAUGGAAUCAAUGACGACGUCUAGCACGAUGAACAUGGCAACCCCAACUAUGACUGCUGCUGCAUCGUCGUCGAGCACUGCCUCAAUGGAUAUGAAUACGGGCAUGGGAGGAGGCUGCCAGAUCAACGUAAGCGGACUUCUAUCUAUGCAAUUGAUUAUUUAAACUUGUAAUAGUAAGGACUAGCUAAUAUGAAUAGAUGCUCUGGAACUGGUACACUGUUGAUGCCUGCUUUAUUUCUUCCUCUUGGCACAUCACGUCAAAGGGAAUGUUUGCAGGCUCUUGCAUUGGUGUCAUCCUGCUUGCUAUCCUACUCGAGUUCCUGCGCCGCUCUGUUAAAGAGUACGACAACUACCUCGUCCGCAACAAUGCUAGCCAUGGCCUCGUUGUUUCUGUUGCUAGCAAUGAUAACGAGAACGGUCGCACUUCGUCAAAACCCGGCCAGACUCCUGCUAGAGAGCCACCCUCAGUCAACCCCGUAGCUGGUAACGGUUAUCGACCCAAGCUGAUCGAGCAGGCUAUCCGUGCCUUCCUUCACACAGCCCAGUUUGUCGUGGCUUACUUCCUCAUGCUGCUUGCUAUGUACUACAACGGUUACAUCAUCAUCUGCAUCUUCAUUGGUGCCUACAUCGGCAGUUUCAUCUUCCAGUGGGAGAAGCUAGGCGGUGGACAGCAAACAAGUGCUGCGAAGGAAGCCACCGUAUGCUGUGGUUAGGCCGUGAAUUAAAAAAAAUCAUUUCCGAAUAAAAGAGGCUGGAUUGGUUUCAUAAGGGUUAGGUGAAUGAAGUCAAAUAGGAGUUCGUUUUAACGCGAUAUACCACUUUGAAUUACGCUGGAGGCUAGGAUAUAACAAUUCAAUCCCAAGACUGGAAGACGAAACUUUGCAACUGUACACUAGGAGGAUCUGUUCACGCGAAGCUGUGCUUCAAUUCUCAUAAUAUGUGACACUCCGUAGUUAGGAGGUCUAAUAAUUCCUUCAGCUUCAUGUAAUAAGAAAACACGCAAUCACACUUAAUCAAUCACCACUGUUUUGUAGCCUCAUUCUCAAUUUAAUAACUUGACGUUUCUAUUAAACACAGGUUAAAACAGGAGGGAUAUUUGCUUGCUAAAGGCGAU